CUCUUUCAUAACAAAAAAAAAAAAGAGAAAAAGAAAAGAAAAAAAAAGUACUUUUGUUUCUCUCUCUUGUUUUUCUCUCUCUCUAUAUAUAAACAAAAAACCCUUCGAUCUGUUUUUUUUUUUAAAACUCUUAUCUCACUCAUUCAUUCAAGGUGAGUGAGAUGUCUUCUCUGAGUAGAGAGCUUGUGUUUUUGAUACUUCAGUUUCUUGAUGAGGAGAAAUUCAAAGAUGCUGUUCACAAAUUGGAGCAAGAAUCCGGGUUUUACUUUAACAUGAGGCAUUUUGAUGAAAUGGUGGCAGCUGGAGAAUGGGAUGAAGUGGAGAAGUACUUAUCUGGGUUCACCAAGGUUGAUGAUAAUCGAUACUCCAUGAAAAUUUUCUUCGAGAUCCGAAAGCAAAAGUAUCUAGAAGCCCUGGAUAAGAACGACCGUCCUAAAGCUGUUGAUAUCCUAGUUAAGGACUUGAAGGUGUUUUCAGCGUUUAAUGAAGACCUUUUCAAAGAAAUAACACAACUUUUGACUCUUGACAACUUUAGGGAUAACGAGCAGUUAUCUAAAUAUGGAGAUACCAAGUCUGCUAGGAGUAUAAUGCUUCUGGAACUCAAAAAACUGAUAGAAGCAAAUCCCUUGUUUCGUGAUAAGCUGACCUUUCCCAGCUUGAAGAACGCGAGACUGCGGACAUUAAUCAACCAGAGUUUGAACUGGCAGCAUCAGCUUUGUAAGAGUCCGAAGCAAAAUCCUGACAUAAAGACUUUAUUUGUGGACCAUUCAUGCGGUCAGUCACAGCCAAAUGGUGCCCGGGCUCCAUCCCCUGUAACUCAUCCACUCAUGGGAGCUGUUAAGUCCGGGGUUUUUCAACCUCUGGGUCCUCAUGGUGUAAAUCCUUUUCAGCAAGCACCUGCUCCUAUGCCAAAUGCUCUUGCUGGGUGGAUGACUAAUCCUUCCCAAGUCGCUCAUCCUUCUGCUUCUGCUGGACCAAUAGGUUUUACCGCUCCAAAUAAUGCAGCAGCAGCAGCUAUGCUAAAGCGUCCGAGGACUCCUACAAAUAACCCAACAGUAGACUAUCAAACAGCUGAGUCAGAGCACAUGUUAAAGAGAUCAAGACCUUUUGGCGUAUCAGAUGAAGUAAAUAAUAUGAAUAUCAAUAUUUUGCCUGGUGGAUUCACCGGACAAAGCCAUGCACAAAGUUCAUACUCAUCAGAUGAUUUGCCCAAGGCUCUUUUCAUGACUCUAAGUCAGGGUUCAGCAGUCAAGAGUAUGGAUUUCCAUCCGGUACAGCAGAUUUUGCUUCUUGUUGGUACUGCCACAGGAGAGAUUAUGAUUUGGGAGUUGGGUGGUAGGGAGAGGGUUGCUCACAGAAGUUUCAAGGUUUGGGAUCUUGGGCAAUGUUCAGUGGCUUUACAGGCAUCUAUGACAAGUGAAUACUCUGCAUCAGUUAAUCGUGUAAUGUGGAGUCCUGAUGGCACUUUUUUUGGUGUUGCAUACUCAAAGCACAUUGUGCACAUCUACUCCUAUCAUGGUGGCGAUGAUCUUAGAAACCACCUUGAGAUUGAGGCUCAUUCAGGAAGUGUCAAUGAUCUUGCCUUUUCCUUCCCUAACAAACAGAUUUGUAUUGUUACCUGUGGGGAUGACAGGCUUAUUAAGGUGUGGGAUGCGGUGUCAGGGGCUAAGCAAUAUACUUUUGAGGGCCAUGAGGCACCAGUCUAUUCAAUAUGUCCACAUCACAAAGAAAAUAUUCAGUUUAUCUUCUCAACUGCAAUUGAUGGGAAAAUAAAGGCAUGGUUAUACGAUAACAUGGGUUCAAGAGUUGACUAUGAUGCACCAGGUCAUUCAUCAACCACAAUGGCUUAUAGUGCUGAUGGAACAAGGUUAUUCUCAUGUGGGACUAACAAAGAAGGAGAGUCAUAUCUUGUUGAAUGGAAUGAAAGCGAAGGAGCUGUAAAGCGUACGUUUAUUGGUCUGGGGAAGCGUGCAGGUGGGAUAGUGCAAUUUGACACUACUAAGAACAGAUUUUUGGCUGCUGGUGAUGAAUUCACAAUAAAAUUUUGGGAAAUGGACAAUAUCAACAUGCUGACAACUACUGAUGCUGACGGUGGCUUACCGGCUUCUCCUUGCCUCCGAUUUAACAAGGAAGGAAUGUUGUUGGCUGUUUCGACGAGUGACAAUGGGAUAAAAAUCUUAGCAAAUACAGACGGUGUUAGGCUUUUAAGAUCCAUGGAAAAUGCUACUAGAGUAGCGUCUGCUUCUGUGGUGAAGCCCCAGCCCCCGACAUUGGGAAGUUUUGGGCCUCCUAGCACCUCUGUUGCCACAAGCUUUGUAGAUCGAGUAGUGCCAAUGGUAUCCAUGAAUGGUGAAAAUCGCAAUUUAGUUGAUGCAAGGCCAAGAGCUGCAGAAGAGCCUCUUGAUAAAUCUAGAAUCUGGAAACCGACUGAAAUUAAUGAACCAUCACAGUGCAGAUCCUUGAAGCUUCCAGACAAUUUAACAGCAUCGAGGGUUACAAGAUUGAUAUAUACAAAUUCUGGAUUGGCUAUAUUGGCGUUAGCUGCCAAUGCUGUGCACAAACUUUGGAAAUGGCCCAGAAAUGAGCGAAACCCAACAGGGAAGGCGAAUGCAAGUGUUGUCCCACAACUAUGGCAACCUUCAAACGGGACCCUGAUGACAAAUGAUACUAAUGACUCAAAUCCUGAAGAUACUGUUCCGUGUUUUGCACUCUCAAAGAAUGACUCCUACGUCAUGUCAGCUUCUGGAGGGAAAAUAUCAUUGUUUAAUAUGAUGACUUUUAAGACUAUGACAACAUUUAUGCCCCCUUCACCUGCAGCAACCUUUUUGGCAUUUCAUCCUCAAGAUAAUAAUGUUAUUGCCAUAGGCAUGGAUGAUUCCUCCAUUCAGAUAUAUAAUGUCCGAGUUGACGAGGUAAAGACAAAGCUCAAAGGACAUCAGAAAAGAAUAACUGGGCUUGCUUUUUCGAAUUCUCUGAACGUGCUUAUAUCUGCAGGAGCUGAUUCUCAGCUAUGUGUUUGGACCAGUGAUGGAUGGGAGAAGCAAACAAACAAAUACUUGCAGAUUCCUGCUGGGCGUGCAGCUGCUCCUCAAGCAGAUACUCGUGUACAAUUUCACCAGGAUCAGACACAAUUGUUGGUAGUCCAUGAAACACAGAUAGCCAUAUUUGAAGCUCCUAAACUCGAGUGCCUCAAGCAGUGGGUCCCUAGAGAAGCAAGUGGGCCAAUUACACAUGCAACAUACUCUUGUGAUAGCCAGUCUAUAUUUGUUAGUUUUGAAGAUGCAAGUGUAGGUGUUCUCAGUGCUUCUACACUGCGAUGGAGAUGUCGGAUCAAUCCUACUUCCUACCUUCCUGCCAAUCCAAGUUCGAGGGUGCAUCCACUUGUUAUCGCCGCACAUCCAUCUGAUUCGAAUCAGUUCGCAUUGGGACUAAAUGAUGGUGCUGUAGUUGUACUUGAGCCGCUUGAGGCUGAAGGCAAAUGGGGAACGUUGCCUCCGGCUGAAAAUGGUGCUGGACCAAGCACUUCAGGUGCUGCAAAUUCAGAUCAACACCAGAGGUAGUUACCUCGUCGGGCACAUGCUGGCAGGAGAAGUUUCUAGAUUAGCCAGUGUAGUUGUAGAAAUCUGAAUUUAGAUUAUGUAGAGGUUGUUUAGUAGGGGUUACAUCAGUUCACCGAUAAUGUUAAAUUUGUGGACGUGUAAAUUUAGUAGAGGUUGUUUUUGCAUCAGUAAUCUGGAGAUCAUAGUGUUAGUUGGUGGUGAACAAAUUGCCUUGGUCCAUGGUUCUUUUUAGCUUUACUAAAGAACGACGAUUUCCAAAAUUGUUUCGUUCUUUUUGGCUGAAUAUCUCAAAGUUGGUUCUGAAGGUACGAUGUUUAGGAACAGGAUAUCAGGUAGGGAUC